AUGUUUUUCCCUGAAUAAGAGUAUAAGACAAGCACAAAAGUAUGAUACUCCAUUUCUAUAUUAGAGUGAAGAUGAACUCAAAAAAUUGACGUUGGAAGAAGAUUUGACUGAAUGUUAGAGAUCAUAUUAUAUAUUGACUAAGGGUUAAUAAUUGUAAAAGAAAGCAGUAAGAUAUAUUAUAUUGAGUUAGAUAUACUAAAACUUACAUAGAAUUUUGAAAGAACCAAAUGCAUUUGAGAUUUUGUUCAAAGUCAUCGUGUAUGAUAUUUUCUAUAUUGAAGAGAAGAAAUUCAACAACAGGAAGAGGAUAAUCAGAUAAUUGCAGCCAAGUCUCUUCAUAAAUUGAUAAAGGAGAACGUACUUGAAUUGACGGAGUUACUAUAAAUAUAUGAUUUGACAACACAAAUUCUAAAAAUUUGGUCAUUACCUGUAUUGAAUGAAUGGAUUCAUACAAUGGAUGCAUUGCUUAGAGUUAUCAGUCUCAAUAUCAUCCUUAAUCCUGCGUAAUAAUUAAUACUACUGUUAACUGAUGCUUCAUAGCCAACAAUAUCUCGUUAAAGUGCUGCAAAGCUUAUAGGCACAUUAGCAUAAGUAUUGGAUUUAAUAAACCACAGCUUUUAGGGAAUGAUAUUAAAGGACCUUUAUUAGACAGAGCUAGGAAUUUAUGUUCAGAUCAUGAUAAAGAAAUUAGAUUAAUUAUGGCUGAAGAUGUAAUAAUCAAAGUUUGUUCAUCCAUAUCUAGUGAUCUUAUUGAAUGCUACUUAUUAGAGAAGAUUAUGGAACUUUAUUAUGAUACAGACAUUGUAGUUAAGAGUUCAGGCAUGAGAUUAUUCUUUACUAUUGCCAAUUAAUUGUCUAUUGAUGAAAUUAAAAAUAGAUGUACUAAAUUAUUUAUUGAUUAAAUUCAAAGUUAAAGCGAAGAAAGCAAAGUUGUCAUGUCUAAAAUGUGUGGAAGAGUAUAUAUGUUGGUAAUAAAUUUCAUAUAAAAAUAGGUUAAAGAGUAUUUAAAUCUCAAUUAAUUAUCUUUAUUUCUGAAUAUUUAUGUUUCGUAUGCCAAAAGUAAGAAUUUAGAUGUAAGAACCAAUUUUGUAUUCAAUUUUCCAGGGAUACUUUCAUUAAGUUUAAAAAAGUUUGAGUAUUUUCAGGAAUAAUACAUGAUUUGUUGUAAUGAUACCAAUGAGAUUAUACAGAGAUCAAUUUUAAGUAGUUUUCAUGAAGUUGUACUUUUGUCUGAGAAUACAGAUAUUCUUGUUUAAGUUUUUAUUAACUUUAUGAAAUCAAAAUAAAUGACAAUCUUAUAAUUGUUAAUUGUAAGAUUUGAUUCAAUAGUUAAUUCUUUUCAAAAACAAGUAGUUUGUUAAUCUUAUGCGUAGUCAGUAACAACCACAAUUUGGUCAACCAGCCCUUGAAUUGUUGAAUAAUCUUAUUGCAAAGAAUCUUUGGGAUUUAUAAGUAGAAUUAUUAAUGAGAUUCUCUGAAUGUUAACAAAUAUUCCCUGAUAUAGCUGUAUUCAUAAAUACGAUGAUUGCAACAAUAAACAAGGGAAUUUCGAAAACAAAAUAAUUAUGUUGUUUAAAUAUUGCUAAGUUUUUAAGCAAUUUUGGAGAUCUGAGGAAGAGAAAGGAUUGGAUAAUUUAGUUAUUUGAACUUUACUUCAAAUCUGAUAGUUACUAUAAUAGAAUUACAUUUAUAGAUAUAGUUCAGGAAUUCACAUAAUUCAUCUCAAGAAAACUAUUCAAAUAAUAUCAAUUCUAUGAUAUUCUGAUUUUCUCCAAAGAUCCUAUUAUAAGUGUGCGAAUGAGAUUAAUCAAAGUAUAUAUAUAAGAUUAGAAUAUUAACUAGAUUCUACCAAUCCUGUAUAAGAAGAUUGAUUCUGAAGAUGUGACUAUCUUAAAUAUGUUCAAUGAUUCUGUUUAGGAUUGUAUUCUGAGUGGAUCUCGUUCCUUUCAAUAUAUGAUUCAAUAGAGUAAAGAGGAAUUACUUAAACCCAGCGAUGAAAAUGAAUUAAAUUAGAAAGAUUAGGAAAUGUUAGAAAAGGAGGAACAAAUCUUUAAGAAUGAUUAAAAAUAACGAUAGUUAUUAUUAGAUUAAGAAAGAGAUGAUUUAGAGAUUAAUAAAAUAGAUUUAAAUGAUUACUUGAAUAAAUACAAAAAGAAGUAUCCUCUUACAAAAAUUAAGAUUACUAAUUCAACAAUGCAUAGCUAGACUACGCUAUUGAAAAAGCCUUAAUUAUAAAAUAAUGGUAGUUAAGCUUUUUUGAUUAAAAAAUCAGUUGAUUUUGAUUCUAACAAGAGUCCAAUCUUAGAUGCAAUUAAAAAACCUGUUCUUAAGUCUAAAACACCAACAACAAAGAGUAUUUGUGAUAUUAAGAAGCAAUUUAAACUUCCUAGUAUCAAAAAAUGAAAUAAAAUAGAUUAUUAUUAU